AUGGAGGUCGUGCUCUGUCUUCCAGGCGUAGGCGUCCAGUGGCAAGACCUCCUGAGUCCCGUCAAUGUGGACGACAACUUCUCCUUCGGGCAAGUGCUGGGCAUGCUGCUACUGGACUCUGUCCUCUACGGCCUGGUGACCUGGUACAUGGAGGCCGUGCUCCCAGGGCAGUUCGGAGUGCCCCAGCCCUGGUACUUCUUUGUCAUGCCCUCGUACUGGUGCGGGCACCCGCGGACGGUUUUGGGAAAAGAAGAGGAAGACGAUGACCCAGAGAAAGCGCUCAGAACGGAGUACUUUGAGGCUGAGCCGGAGGACCUGGUGGCCGGGAUCAAGAUCAAGCAUGUGACCAAGGUGUUCAGAGUGGGGAACAAGGGCAAGGCGGCCGUCAGAGAUUUGAACCUGAACCUGUACGAGGGGCAGAUCACGGUGCUGCUGGGCCACAACGGCGCAGGGAAGACCACCACCCUCUCCAUGCUCACAGGUCUCUUUCCCCCGACGAGCGGACGGGCGUAUAUCAAUGGGUACGAGAUUUCACAAGACAUGGUUCAGAUCCGCAAGAGCCUGGGCCUCUGCCCACAGCACGAUGUGCUGUUCGACAACCUGACCGUCGCAGAACACCUGUAUUUCUAUGCACAGCUGAAGGGCUUGUCCCGUCAGAAGUGCCCUGAAGAAGUUCAGCGGAUGCUGCACGUCCUCGGUCUGGAGGACAAGCAGGACUCCCUGAGCCGGUUCCUGAGUGGGGGCAUGAAGCGCAAGCUCUCCAUCGGCAUCGCCCUCAUAGCGGGCUCCAAGGUGCUGAUGCUGGACGAGCCCACCUCGGGCAUGGACGCCAUCUCCAGGAGGGCCAUCUGGGACCUCCUGCAGCAGCACAAGAGUGACCGCACCGUGCUGCUGACCACGCACUUCAUGGACGAGGCUGACCUGCUGGGGGACCGCGUGGCCAUCAUGGCCAAGGGGGAGCUGCAGUGCUGCGGGUCCUCACUGUUCCUCAAGCAGAAGUAUGGUGCAGGCUACCACAUGACGCUGGUGAAGGAGCCUCACUGCGACCCCGACGCCAUCUCCCGGCUGGUGCAGCAUCAUGUUCCCAGUGCCACGCUGGAGAGCAGAGCUGGCUCAGAGCUGUCCUUCAUUCUCCCCAAGGAGAGCACGCACAGGUUCGAAAGUCUGUUCGCUAAGCUGGAGAAGCAGCAGAAGGAGCUGGGGAUCGCCAGCUUCGGGGCCUCGGUCACCACCAUGGAGGAGGUCUUCCUCCGGGUCGGCAAGCUGGUGGACACAAGCAUGGACAUCCAAGCCAUCCAGCUCCCUGCCCUGCAAUACCAGCAUGAGAGGCGGGCGAGCGACUGGGCCGUGGACAGCCACCUGUGUGGGGCCAUGGACCCGACCAAUGGCGUGGGCUCCCUGAUCGAGGACGAGUGCACCACUGCCAAGCUCAACACUGGGCUCGCCCUCCACUGCCAGCAGUUCUGGGCCAUGUUCCUGAAGAAGGCCACGUACAGCUUGCGCGAGUGGAAGAUGGUGGUGGCCCAGGUCCUGGUCCCGUUGACGUGCGUCACCCUGGCCCUCCUGGCCAUCAACUACUCCUCAGAGACCUUCGACGACCCCAGGCUGGAGCUGACCCUGGGCGCGUACGGCCGAACCGUUGUGCCCUUCGCCGUUCCGGGGGCCUCCCGGCUGGACCAGCUGCUGGCAGAGCGUCUGAAAGACAUGCUGCAGGCUGAGGGCCAGGAGCCGCGGGAGGUGCUGGGUGAUCUGGAGGAGUUCCUGAUUUUCAGGGCCUCGGUGGAGGGAGGCGGCUUUAACGAGCGGUGCUUGGUGGCGGUGUCCUUCAGAGACGUCGGCGAGCGGACGGUGGUCACUGCCCUGUUCAACAACCAGGCGUACCACUCCCCAGCUACUGCACUGGCCGUCGUGGACAACCUUCUGUUCAAGCAGCUGUGUGGCCCCCGGGCCUCCAUCAUGGUCUCCAACUACCCCCAGCCCCGGAGCACCCUGCAGGCCGCCAAGGACCAGUUCAACGAGGGCCGUAAGGGAUUCAACAUCGCUCUCAACUUGCUGUUCGCCAUGGCGUUCCUGGCCAGCACCUUCUCCAUCCUGGCAGUCAGCGAGAGGGCCGUCCAGGCCAAGCAUGUCCAGUUUGUGAGCGGGGUCCACGUGGCUAUUUUUUGGCUCUCCGCACUGCUGUGGGACCUCAUGUCCUUCCUCGUCCCCAGUCUGCUGCUGCUGGUGGUGUUCAAAGCCUUUGACGUGCACGCCUUCACACGCGACGGCCACAUGGCAGAUGCCCUGUUGCUGCUCAUGCUCUAUGGCUGGGCCAUCAUCCCCCUCAUGUACCUGAUGAACUUCUUCUUCUCGGGAGCAGCCACCGCUUACACGAGGCUGACCAUAUUCAACAUCCUGUCGGGCAUAGCCACCUUCCUCAUGGUCACCAUCAUGCGCAUCCCAGCGGUCAAGUUAGAAGAGCUUUCCAGAACCCUGGACCACGUGUUCCUGGUGCUGCCCAACCAUUGUCUGGGGAUGGCGGUCAGCAGCUUCCACGAGAACUUUGAGAUGCGGAGGUACUGCACCUCCUCGGAGGUCGCGGCCCACUACUGCAGGAAGUACAACAUCCAGUACCAGCAGAACUUCUAUGCGUGGAGCGCCCCGGGGGUCGGCAGGUUCGUGACCUCCAUGGCAGCUUCUGGAUUUGCCUACCUCAGCCUGCUCUUCCUCAUCGAGACCGACACACUGUGGAGGCUGAAGACCUGCCUCUGUGCCUUCUGGAGGAGGCGGGCGCUGACGGAAGCGUACGCUCGGACGUCAGCACCUCCUGAGGACCAGGACGUGGUGGAUGAAAGGAACCGGGUCCUGGCCCCCAGCAUGGACUCCCUGCUGGACACACCUCUGGUUAUCAAGGAGCUUUCCAAGGUGUACGAGCAGACGACGCCCCUACUUGCCGUGGACAAGAUCUCCCUUGCAGUCCAUAAAGGGGAGUGUUUCGGCUUGCUGGGUUUCAACGGAGCCGGGAAAACCACAACUUUCAAAAUGCUGACGGGGGAGGAGACCAUCACAUCUGGGGAUGCCUUUGUCGGGGGCUACAGCAUCAGCUCUGAAAUCGGGAAGGUGCGGCAGCGGAUCGGCUACUGCCCCCAGUUUGACGCUCUGCUGGACCACAUGACGGGCUGGGAGACGCUGGUCAUGUACGCCCGGCUUCGGGGCAUCCCCGAACGCCACAUCGGUGCCUGCGUGGAGAACACGCUCCGGGGCCUGCUUCUGGAGCCACACGCCAACAAGCUGGUCAGGACGUACAGCGGUGGCAACAAGCGGAAGCUGAGCACAGGCAUCGCCCUGCUUGGAGAGCCUUCGGUCAUCUUCCUGGACGAGCCAUCCACUGGCAUGGACCCCGUGGCCCGGCGCCUGCUCUGGGACACUGUGGCACGGGCCCGAGAGUCGGGCAAGGCCAUCGUCAUCACCUCCCACAGCAUGGAGGAAUGCGAGGCUUUGUGCACCCGGCUGGCCAUCAUGGUGCAGGGUCAGUUCAAGUGCCUGGGCAGCCCACAGCACCUCAAGAGCAAGUUUGGCAGCGGCUACUCCCUGCGGGCCAAGGUCCGGUGUGACGGGCAGCAGGAGGCACUGGAGGAGUUCAAGGCGUUUGUGAACCUGACCUUCCCAGGCAGCGUCCUUGAAGAUGAGCACCAAGGGAUGGUCCACUACCACCUGCCCGGGGAUGACCUCAGCUGGGCCAAGGUGUUUGGUGUUCUGGAGAAGGCCAAGGAGAAGUAUGCCGUGGACGACUACUCCGUGAGCCAGAUCUCACUGGAGCAGGUCUUCCUGAGCUUCGCCCACCUGCAGCCACCUGCCGAGGACGAGGGGCCAUGAGGAGCCAGCAGGCGUGGGGCAAGUGGCCGCACAGGCAGGCGUCCUCCCCCUCCGAGUUCAUCUUAUCCUGCACCUUUAUUUCCAAUCACCGUUUUCUAUAAUGGACGCGAGAAUCAAGGCACAGUGGGGACCAGGAUGUCGGAGCCCUCACGCUGGGAAUCAGCAUGCAAACAUCUGUGUCCAAGGCAGUGGCCAGAGCCCCUCUCUGGAACUCAGGACCCAGCAAAAGCAGCCCUGCAGCCACGUGCGGGCAAGCCUUGGGGUCUCUGGGCAGAGAGCCCCUCGGGAAGGGGCUGCAGCCGACCUGGGGUUUGCAUUUCCUCAAGUGCUCACGAGACGAGCACCAGUAACAGCCCCAUAUCUGCACACAGCAUGGAGCCUCCCAGGGGCGACACGGGGAGCCAGCAGGACAGCGGGCAGCAGGGCUCGCCAGGCUGCCCGGAAUGGAGAAUGUCGCCUGUGGCCGUCCACAAGGGAGGUGCUGCUUGUGACCACAGUCUGUGGUCUUGGCUUCCGGGGGGCCUGGGAGUCGCUGCUCCACGGAGCAUGCUCUUGAUGCCAGGCAGGGCUGACCCCACGCCCGGCGCCAUCACACCAGCGUCUCCCAGGGUCAGCGGGCUCGGGGAGAGAAGGCAGUCCUUCACGCCCGAGGCUGGCUUCUGGAGAAGCCACAAGCAGGAGGCCAGUUAGGGACCACUGCGGGACCAAGGGACCGUCUACGGAGGAUGCACCUGACACGCGGUGACUCUGUCCAGAAAAUAAAGUUCGGGAGGGAACAUGA